GCGAACGGCCCACACACACAUCGGUGGCGGCAGUGCGCGCUCCUUCGUGUACAUUUAAAAGCGUAUAAUAUUAUUAAUAUUCUGUGCGAAAAUUUGUAAUAUUGUAUCAUAUUUAUUGUUAUACGAUCAACCAAGUUUUUAUUAUAAUACUGUAAACAAUUGUAACAGCGUGUUCGCCGUACCGGCGUAGUGCAGUGGCGACGGCGGCGGCGGCGGGACCAUCAUCGUAGGCAUAUGAUACAGACGAAGGCGUAAUUUUUUUCACGCAAAUAAUUUUAUUAUACGGCAUAGACGCGUGCGGGUUUUUUCCGUUUUUUUGCACCCAAAAUCUUAUUUCCCGUCGUGAUUUUACGGAAAUGUUUCGAAAACUCUUUUGAAAGCGAGGUCGGAGAGACGCGGUGCACUCUCAGCUGCAGUGGUCAUCUGACGGUGCGGAUUUUCUUCGGAUUUAUCUUAACGUCUUAUAAUAUAAUAUAGAGUACUAUCUAUAUUAUAUAUAUACUGUCCACUGGUUCGAAUACACGUACAGCCCGACUGCAGAUAUGAUCCAAGAAAACCGUUUCGAGUUGUGCGGUUUUCCGACUACGUACAUCAAGAACAUUAAGGAGAAAACUGCUGACAAGUCAAGACAUUUAGCGGAAGAUGCUUUAUGCGAGAACAAAAGUUUACACUUUCGUGAAAAGUACGAAUUCGUCCAAUACGUCAAGACUGAAUCGUUGCAAUGUCGAGGAUGCUCGGAUCCAAUUACGGAUAGGUUUUUAUUGAAGGUUUCUGACAAAAUUUGGCACGUGUCAUGUUUAAGAUGCUGCGUGUGCAAUUUGGUAUUAGAGGACGAACCGUCUUGUUUUAUCAAAGAUGAUUCAAUUUAUUGCCGUCAGGACUAUGCCAGGAGUUUCGGUACCGUGUGUUCAAAGUGUUCGAAAGGCAUUUCCGCUUCGCACUGGGUGCGAAAGGCCAGGGACCACGUUUACCAUUUGGCUUGCUUCCGGUGCGACGCUUGCGACCGUCAAUUGAACACGGGCGAAGAGUUUGCUCUGCACGAAGGUCGUGUCCUGUGCAAACCUCACUAUUUGGACAUCGUGGACGGCGGCACCACAAGCUCGUCAGAGGGUGGAGAUUCGGAAAGUUAUCACAGCAAGAAUAAAGCGAAACGAGUACGGACCACAUUUACCGAAGAACAAUUGCAGGUUUUGCAAGCUAAUUUCCAAUUGGAUUCGAACCCCGACGGGCAAGACCUAGAAAGGAUAGCGCAAAUCACUGGACUGAGCAAAAGAGUUACUCAAGUGUGGUUUCAGAAUUCUAGGGCGAGACAAAAAAAGCACUUGCACACCGGAAAAGUGAAAAACACUCCAUCCGGAUUACUUCACCAUCAACAAAACGGUUCGGAAAACCAUUUCAACCGGCACAUAAAUCUACACCUCACAUAUUCGUUUCAACAGCCUCCUUCGUCAAACCAUUCGCACCAGAGGGGAUCUCCUAUUUAUAUACCCCAAAAUCCAGCUUCGGAAACGUCGUCCCUAGACGACUUGUCUCAGGAUUCCAUGAUGAUGUGUUCGGUGGGCAGGAAUAGCGAUCCGGUAUGAGACGAAGACCGUGGUGGGGCCAACAACCAUCCACCACGUUGACGACUUCCGAAACAAUAGUUAUUGUCGCGAAAAAUAAUAGCGUAAAAGAAUAAAAUGUUUUUAAAUAAUUAUUUUUACUGUGAUACAAUCAUAUUUGAUAUUAAUUAAUGUCUGAUUUCCGGAUCGAAGCCCGUGUUGCGUUUUAAUCCGUUCUUCGAGUUUCGUGUUAGAAUCUCUGUGGACGGACAACUUACUCUCCUCGUCACACAUGUACAAACACUUAAUUAUCUUAUUCUAUUAUCAUUAUUAUUAUUAUUAUUAUUAUUCAGCACGAUUUAGUCUGUCGGCCCGCAACUUAUGUUAAUAAUAUUCACAUAGUUACCAUUAGUUAAGCUCGUCAAUAUAUGUAGGCAACAACUACGCGAUUUAGCGCCUUCUUGCACUGUACUACCCAUCCAUGAUAUAUUCGCAUCUUUUCACCGUUUCGUAUGUUCUUCAAGCUCCACAAUAUUACUGCAAAUGAUUCGCUACGACAUUUUUUUUUCCGCUGCAUAGCCCAUUAUAAACGGACCUCAUAAUAUUUAUCAAAAGCUAUGGAUUCCGAGUAGGCACUUACUACUUUGUGUGGCUAUUUAAAUAUAUUAUUAUUAAUAAAUUCAGAUAAUAUAUAACACAACACGAUUCCAGCGGCUUGAUCAAAUCCUCCCCAAAACUGCUUCUUCCUCCGUCCGUUACGGUUUUGAUGCGUUCCUAUAUUAUAAGCGAAUUUUACAUUUUCCAAAAGCCACUAAAAAUAUUUUAUUGUUAUCUAAAUGAAAUUAAAUGAUUUUAUUAAUUUUUAAGUAUCUUUUUAUUAUAUCACAAAAAUAGUAUCUCACGUAUUAUUACAAUAGUUAUUAUUAUUUUUUUUUUUUACUUUAUCGCAUACCACACAAUGUUAUCAUUUUAGCAACAUUAUAUUGUAAUCCUUUUUAAUAAUAGACAAUUAUAGUGUUUAUAUAUUAUAUUAAAUAUAUCUUAUUUGAUCAGAUCGUGUAGGUGUAUUCAGAUGCUUGAAAUUUGUUAUUAUUAUUAUCUUUAUUAUUAUUAUUUUUAUUAUUAUUGUCAUCAUUAUCAUUGUGAAAAUUUGAUUUUGUAUGGAAUGUAAAUUUGUAAUUUAUAUAUUAUAUUGUAAAUACAAAUCCUGGGCCAGCCCAAAAUAUUCUGCCACCCUAGGCAAAUAUACCUGAUCUGUAACCGCCACCCUCCUCUCCCAUCAUAAUAUAGUAAUAUUAUACCUAUUUCGUUUACAAAAAUGUUUGUACAUAUAUAUAUAUAUAUAUAAUGAUAUGUA